AUGGUCAUUCUAAGUCAACAGUUAGUGAUAGACCAACGUCGUUGCCGUUGUCUCGCGAGCAAUUCAUCAUGUUGGCCAGAUGCUUUAGUAUGGCAAUCAUUCAAUGAAACCAUUGACGGACGUCUUCUCUCAUCUGAGCCUUCGGCUGUUGUAUGCAAUGAGAAACCAUAUAAUGCCGAAGCAUGUGCUUUAGCCAUCGCACAAUGGUCGAAUUCGACAUGGCGUAGUGAUCAAGCUGGUGCACUGCAAAAUCAUAAUUGGGAAAAUAGUUCAUGUUCAAUUUUCACAAAUAGCACAACAUGCAAUCAAGGUUCGGUGUCUGUAUUCGCUGUUAAUGCAACACUGCCAGAACAUGUUCAAAAAACCGUUCGAUUCGCUGCUACGAAUAAUUUUCGUUUAGUUAUCAAAAGUACUGGACACGAUUACUUAGGUCGAUCAACGGCAGCUGGAUCUCUGCUUUUAUGGCUACAUCAUAUGAAAACCAUGACAUUGAUUGAACAGUAUUCAUCUUGUGGUCAUGCAAGUGUAUCAAAUGCUGCUCGAAUAGGUGCAGGUGUCCAAUGGAGCGAAGUUUAUCGAUGGCCGAAUGAAUUCAAUUUGACAGCAAUUGGAGGAGCAUCAAUGGUCGCUGAUGCCAGUUGGUCUGGCUAUUUCAGUAUGCUAGAUAUGAGACUCAGUGGUGUAUUUCAUGUACCUAAUGGAAAUGUGACAGUAGUCAAUGACACAUUAAAUCAAUUUGCAGUUAACAAUAGCGAUUUAGAUUUUGGAAAGACAUCGAUUUUCACUGUUCCAUCAUUUUAUGAUUACUUUACGCUCAUAUUGGAUCCAUCCAACCCUACUGGAUUCAAUGUUCUACUCAGUUCACGUCUCAUUCGCGAAAGUAUCGUUCGUAAUUUACCGGAAAAAGUCGCUGAAGUUUUUGCUCAAGUGCGAGGUCAAUCGGUAACUGGAUCAAUUCUUCUUGGGCAUAUUGUAGCCGGUGGACAAGUAUCAAACACAUCCAACACAAAUAACAGCGUCAAUCCAGGAUGGCGUACUGCUCUUCUUCAUAUGGUUAACUCCCAGGGUUGGUUAGAUACAACAUCUGAAGAUAUUAAAGAAUACUUAGCUAAGGAAGUCACAAGUCGAACAGAUAUUUUAGAUCAAUUAUUGUUUGGUUCCCAGCCAAGCUGCUACACUAACGAAGCCGAUCCAAAUGAACGAAAACAAUUACCAGAUGAACCAAUUACGUUCUACUACGGUGAUAUUAUUAAUUUAUGCCUGGAAAUUGAUUCAAACAUAUCAGAAAAAAUUAUAAUUCAACAUUUAAUGAGUAGAAUCAAUCCUGAUUUUAGGAAAGAAUUAUUAAGACGUGAAUCAUCUAUUAAUACAUUAAAUGAAUUUUUAAAAUACGCCAAAAUUGAACAAGAUUUACGUGAUAGGAUUUGUAAUCUAUCAAUUGAUUCACAACAACUCUAUUCUAAUUUCAAUCGUCCAUCAAUUCCAUCAUUAACUGCUACAGUCAAUCCAUCGAAACAGUAUUAUCAUAAAAUAAAACACAACAAUCCCAGUUCACAUUCAACACAAUUACAGAGCUCUGUUUCUCGACGGAACUCGGUUCCAGCACUUGGAAAUCGAACAUCAACAAUACAUAAUACAAAACAAAUUCAGAAUUAUACAUCACAAUCAACAUUAAAGCAGAAUCCAAUCAAUACUGGAUCCACAUCACAACAUCAAUUCAAUAACUCUGGGUCCCAUGGUGGCGGUGUUCGCAGUAAAUUUAUCAAGUCAUCAACAAUAUCCUUAUCCCCAAUUUACAUCAAAAUCCGUGUUAAUGAUCAACCAAAUGAAGCAAUUGUUGAUAUAGGAUCCGCCAUCUCCAUCAUUCAUUUAAAUUUCCUCAAAACCAUUCAACGCAACAAAUUUAUUUAUAAAACCCGAAUAUGUGAAACAGCAAAUUCAACUCCUCUCAAAAUUAUUGGACAAAUUGAAUUAGAAAUUCAAAUGAAACAUAUUAAAACUUAUGUCACUGCUUAUGUCGCAACAAAUUUAAUUACAUCAAUUCUAUUAGACAAUGACUGGAUUAAUUCUAAUCAUGUUCAUCUGUUUGGCGACCAGAAUCACUUAACUAUUCCUGAUCAAUAUGGUCAAUUAACUCAAAUCUAA